AUGUUCAAGACGGAUGGCUCCCUGAAGCCGGGGCAAGACUUUGUAUUCACCGUCGGCGGGCGGUUGGUCAAAGUGACGCCGAUCGGCGCCGUGUGCCAUGAUCCUACCUACGACGAGACAAAGUGUGCUGAGCUGCAGGCCAGCUGGGACAAUGUUGCAACCCACUACGAGUCCACCUCGUCGCUCAUGACGAGCUACUCGACCGGCGAGACAUGCGACCCGUUCACACCACGCGAGUCCCCCUGCACUAUGGGCAACUAUAGCGCAUACACCAUCGACGCCGUGACCACGAGCGACAUCAUCGCGGGCCUGUCCUUCGCGAGGGCGACCAACAUCCGCCUCGUGAUCCGCAACACGGCGCACGACUUCUGGGGCCGGUCCGCGGGCCACGGCAGCCUCGCCGUGCGGAUGGCCCGGUUCAAGUCGUACGAGGUCCUCCCGGAGUACCGCGGCGACGCGCACUACUACUCGGGCCCGGCGUUCAAGAUGGGUGCCGGGCUGCUGGGCUUCGAGGCGCAGGCGGCGCUCGAGCCCCACGGCCUCGUCAUGGUCGCGGGAUACUGCCCCUCGGUCGGUCCCGCGGGCGGCUACGUCCAAGGGGGCGGGCACUCGCCGCUGAGCGGCCAUUUUGGCAUGGCGGCGGACCAGACGCUCGAGUACGAGGUCGUCACCGCGGCGGGGUCGCUGGUCAAGGCGUCCCGGACGGAGAACAGCGACUUGUUCUUCGCGCUCAACGGCGGCGGCGCGGGCAACUGGGCCAUCGUGGUGAGCAUGACGGUCAGGGUGUACCCGAUGCUCCCGAUGACGGCGGCGCAGCUGUUCAUCCCGCGCGACGCCGUCGCCGCCGCCACCGCCACGGGCAAUUCCACCGUGGAGGAGGAGGAGGAGGAAGACAAGUUCUGGGCCAUGGUGGACAAGUUCUACUCGCUCAUCCCCGCCCUCACGGCACAAGGCGUGUACAUCACCUACGCCUUUGGCCCGCAGCAUUUUGGCUUCUUCCCGUUGUCCGCGUACAACCGGACCAAGGCCGAGGUCGAGGCCAUGCUCCGGCCGUUCACAGAGUACCUCGACUCCCAGGGGAUCGUGCCCGCGCUGUUCACCAUCACCGAGUCCCCCAGUUACUCGCAGCACGUCGCGCAGAGCUUUGCCGCGUCGCAGCCCACCAAGGAGUGGCCUUCCGGCGGACGGAUGAUUCCCACGGAGCUGCUGCUGGACCCGGCGCGCAGAGCCCAGCUGGUCGCCGUGAUGCGCCGCAUCGUGGGCGCCGGCGCGCUCACGUCGAGCACCUCGGUCAGCCCCCUGGACCGGGUGGGCAAUCCGACCUCCCUGAACCCGGCGUGGCGGCAGAGCAGCGCCCUGGUGAUCAUGACGUGGCCGUGGGAGAAUGGGCAGAAGGAGAAGAUGAGGGGCAAGGUGGACAUGUUUGCGAGGGAGCUCAGCCCGUUGCUCAUACAGGUCGCCCCGGAGAGCGGGUCGUACAGCAACGAGGCCGACAUCUUUAUGCCCGAGUGGCAGUGGGAGCUGUAUGGCGAGCACUGGGAGAGACUGUCGCGGAUCAAGAGGGCGUGGGAUCCCGAGGGGUUGUUCUACUCUGCGCAUACCCCCGGUGCUGAAAGAUAUCACAUUGAUGAUGCGGGGAGGUUGUGCGAGGGCGCGGCGUGGUAG